UAGAGGUAGUGGCAAAAAAAAUUUUUUUGCUAUUACAUUACCUGUCCUUUCGUGGGCGAGAGGAAUUGAAUUAAAAAAUUAAUUUAUUUGAUGUCACAUAACCAGGGUUGUAUCUUGCGCGCGAAGAAAGAUUCACCUUUCUUCAUACGAAUCCACCGUGGGUCGCUUCUUGCACGGAUCUCAAAGCGCUUCUAAAUCUCAAAGAAGACCCUCUCGAGGCGCAACCCCGUGAACACCCGCUCAUGAACGCGCCUCUUUGAAGAGAUCCCCCCUCAUGGCCAUAAAUAACUCUCCAUAACCCGUCUUUUGGAACCCCAACCGCACCAGACUCGCGGCCAACCCAAAGGUUGAAAUAAUCAUCAACAAUCAUACUUUCUCAAUUCUGAAAUUCUUUACCGCAUGGGCAAUAGAUGCUACCUAUUCCUACUUGUCUUGGUUUGUUUGUGCUCUAAGAGCCAGAGUUUUUCAUGGCCCUUCUCUUCUUCUUCUGCAAUUCCUCCCAGCCAUGGUGGUCCGAAGAAGGAAUUGUUCGGCACCAGAGCUGACUUCUCAAUUGAAGCCAUUGAAGACCCCAAGGGAAUGAGAUUAGUUGAGGAUGCAAAGAAGAAACUGGUGACCUCCAACAGCUGUUGGCAAAAUGCUUACCGAAAUCUAUUCUCUGGCUGUAAGGACAUCAUUGCUGAUAAAGAUAAGCGAUCGAGGUUAGCGUGGCACCUCAGCGAUUGCUUUCAGGAGGACUCUGGUAGGUCCAACUUCCCUACCUGUGAUGCAGGGACUGCAAUGAUGAAAUGUCUCAAGAAAUUAGAUGAAUCCGAAUAUAACAUCUACCUCCAGUUCUUCCUUGAGACCAAUUCCAUAUGCCACCAAUUACAGACCGAAGCAUUCAAGCAUGAUACAGAGAGGCUGAUCAAUGAUCUUUCUGAAUCAGCUCGAUUUGCAGAGGAUCAGUUAGUGAUAAUAGAAGAGAGAUCAGAGAAGCUACUGCAUGACUCCAAAAGAGUUCAUGACUCAUUGACUUCAAUAGACCUCCAAACCCAAAAUAUUGCCCAAGCAUCAAAGGAUGUUGAAGCUCAGCUCCAUGAUGUGGAGAAGCACUCCGUGGCAAUUAUUGAGCAAUCCAGGGGAAUAGCUGAAUCUCAGCUGGAAAUACAAACAGGGUAUUUGAGGAUGAACGAGACUUUGGAGUCAGGCAUGGCUCAGUUGCACAAAUCCCACGAGAGUUUGGGUGACGGCUUGGCGAGAUUGAGGGACGAUGCUACAAAAAUAGAGAGCGAGAUAGAAGUCUUGAGGGAGUCCAUGUCUUCUCGGAUGCAAGAUCUUCAGAGGAAGGCUAAUGACAUUGGAGAAGUGGCUGGCAUGUCCUUGGAGAAACAGAAGCGACUCUUGGAUGGACAGUCUCGGGCCAUUGAAGGCCUUGAUUUCCUUACAAGAUCUCAAUAUGAAGCAAUCAAAGAAAGCCGGGAAAAUGUGGAAAAGCUGGCAGAACUUGGACACAGGCAGCAAAAGGAGCUACUUCGUAGACAAGAAGAAAUCCAACAGGCUCAUGAUCGUCUACUCCAAAAUUCGCAGUCGAUACUGGCAGCUCAGGAAGAGUUUGAAUUAAAGCAAGCAAAUAUUUUUGCUGCUCUGGACAAGCUCUUUGCACUGCAUAAUGCCCUCUUGGUUGAAUCCCGUUUCAUCAAGUCAUUCUUCUUCUACUCCUCUGUGAUCUUUCUUCUCUACAUGCUUACUAGUGCAAAGCAAACUUUUGGCAUCAGAGCCCGCCUUUAUCUAGGUCUCUGUAUCACGUUUAUGAUCGAGAUAGCUAUAAUUAGAUUUGGAGAGGAUGACUUCAAUCGGCAAACGUGGAUAAUGUCCAAAAUCUUUUUAGCUAGAUCAACAUUUUUAGUUGCUGCGGCUGUUCAAAUCUUGCAUUCCAUCUUUACUUUCAGAGACUAUGAAGUAUUAAACCAUCAGUUGCUGCAAACAUUGGUGGAGAAGGUUCAUAAUAUGGAACAAAACUCAGGGAACAAAUUCUUGUCUUAUAGCAUGGAGAGUGAUACGGAUUUAAGUCGAUAUUCAUGGAUAGAUGAGGAAUUGCCAGAAGAUGUAGAUGUCGAUGUGGAUCCCAAUUAUGCCUUGCCAGAAGAAGUCGCGGAAAAUUCUAUCACUACGACCUCAGUCAGCAGAAAAUAUGAUCUUCGGCCACGUAGGUGUCGAUGAAGCUUUUUUUUUUUUUUUUUGAUGUAAAGGGAGGCAAUAUGUAUAAUGAGUCCUAUCUCAAAAAUAUAUAGCAAUCUAAAAGAGUGCUAUCGCAAAAAACAUACAAUAAUCAAUUUUUCUCCUGACUUGUAAAAAUUUUAUAAGAAUGGUUUAGAACCAUCA